GUCUGUCCCUCCUUCCUCUAUCCGGUUAUGGAGGUCUGCCCAAAAGACAUUUAAACGCUGCUGAACUCUAAAAUACGAUCAAAUUCCAGUUAGAAACCAUAAGACCAAAUACAUUUGAACACACAGCUCAAGAUGCCCGUGGCCGUAGGUCCGUAUGGUCAGACCCAGCCCAGCUGUUUUGACCGGGUCAAAAUGGGCUUCAUGAUGGGGUUUGCAGUAGGCAUGGCUGCAGGUGCCAUGUUUGGCACUUUCUCUUGUCUAAGGAUCGGCAUGCGUGGCAGGGAGCUGAUGGGAGGAGUGGGGAAGACCAUGAUGCAGAGCGGGGGGACGUUUGGCACAUUCAUGGCCAUCGGUAUGGGAAUCCGCUGCUGAGGAAGAUGAGGAACGGCCUUCUCUUCCUUCACACACCUGUACAGCUAUGGGACUCUUCCUGUUAUUACAACCACGGCUCUCUGUCUGCUCGAUGCUGUCGCAACCUCAACCCUCAGUCUAGUUUUGUCAAUAAAAGUUCAGUUUGUCAAAGGCUU